AUGGAGGACUCGCUGAAAAAAAGCCGAGUCAUCCUGCACGUAGACCUGGACGCUUUCUAUUGCCAGGUCGAACACGUUAGACUGGGGAUUCCGAUAGAUACCCCGCUAGGAGUUCAACAAUGGAAUGGACUGAUCGCAGUCAACUACGCUGCGCGUGCGAAAGGGAUCAAAAGGCACACAACACCGCAGGAAGCGAGAGAGAAGGCGCCAGAUAUCGUGUUCGUUCAUGUGGCGACAUUCGCAAACGGCGAUACCACUUAUCAAUACCAUACAGAGAACAUUACAUAUCAAACACAUAAGGUCUCAUUAGACCCAUACAGAAAUGCAAGCCAAAAGAUCAUGAGCAUCUUCGAGCGCUUUUGCCCGACGUAUCAGCGCGCAUCUAUCGAUGAAGCAUAUCUGGACAUCACAGAUUUGGUCAACAUCCGCAUCAAAGCGCAAAUGCACAAUUGGUCUGAUGCGGAAGGUGUGAACGGCGAUGUUGAAGAGGGUGACGGACCGGUCGUGUCCUGGCUCGGAGCCGGCGUACUGGUCGGAGAACAGGUCGCCGAGUCGCGUGGUUGGCUGUGGCUUCGCAUCGCAGCAGAUGUCAGUCAGGAGAUCCGAAAGACGGUCUACGACGAGCUUCAGUACACAUGCAGCACCGGAAUCGCACAUAACAAGACAUUAGCGAAAAUAUGCUCCGGACUCAACAAACCGAACAAGCAGACCAUUUUGCGACAAGCAGAAGUGCUGAAGUUCAUGGAGUCAUGUCCCAUGUCAAAAAUUCGGAACCUUGGUGGCAAGCUGGGCGACGAAAUAGGGCAGGAACUACACGCAGAGAAAGCCGGGGAUAUAUGGUAUUAUCGUCUGGCGGACAGGAAAUACUCCCUGGAAGUGCUUAGAGAGAAGUUUGGUCCGCAAACGGGAACAUGGGUGUACAAUAUUAGUCGUGGUAUAUGCCACGAGGAAGUGACGGAAACAUCCAUCCCCAAGUCAAUGCUGUCAUGUAAAUCACUACGGCCAGGCGCCACCAACGGGGCUGCAUUGGAGCAUUGGAUCGGCAUCCUCAGCAACGAGCUGUACACCCGCCUGCAAAACGACCACGCCCAAUACGCCCGAUGGCCACGUAGCCUAGUCCUGCACAUCAACCACGGCGGCCGUACGGGAGGUACCGAGCGUAGCAAGCGUGGAGACUUUCCCGCCUAUCAUCUCGUUGUCAAUCCCGACAUCAUCAAGGAGAAAUGUCUGUCACUGCUUAGAAUGUCUCCAGGAAGCAGCGGGGCCGGAUUGGUUGUGCAAUGGCCGUGCGACAGGAUCGCGAUCGGAGUGAGCGGAUUUGUUGAGGAGGAAAAAAAUUCUCGACGGCUGGAUCAAUUCUUUACGAAGAUUGCGGGGCCGGCGCCUGUUUCUACGGAACCUGACGCUAACGAUGUGUCGAUAUCACGUGGAGAUACGGAUAAGGGAGACGUACAUGCAUCUCGUCGAGGACGGCUGGAUCCGUCUGCGAGUAACAGACCCUUGGAUCGAUUCUUCUCUAAUAGAACAUCAAAACCGGAUGACGGUGCUGGCGGUGCAACGGCGAGCUCCAGCAGUGCUAUCGGUGGGUUAAGUAACCCAACACAGCCUUCUCUUGGGCACGACAAAGUUUCUGAGCAACCCGAUUCAGCAAGGAAAGGCCGCGGAACGUUGACUUCCUUCUUCCGACCCUCGUCAGAAAAUCCUCAUUUGCAACCUCUUCAGCCCUCCCAUUCUCCAUCAUCCGCGAAUCUGGAGCCUCCGACCACAGGGUCGUUAGCAAGCAUGGAGGUGGACAGUGUGCUCAAAAUGGACAGCGAGGCCGAGCUUGGGACAGGGGUAGCGGACUCGGGGGGUUUAGAUCCUGCGCCUCGUUCCGAUGAAGACGCCGAGUUCCGUUGCCCAAAAUGCAGCGAGGUGCUAGAUAAACGUGAUACUGACGGCGUACAAUGCCACAUGGAUUUUCACGUCGCUAUGGAGCUUCAAGAUUCCUUCAGGCCCACGGCACCCGCGAAUCCUCAAAACGGAGGCGAUUCAACAGGGAGUGGUAAUCCAAGAAAGAGAAAGGCGAAUACUUCAUUAUCGAAUCCACGGCGAGGAGGGUCGAGUGGGAGUGGCGAAGCGGGUAGGAGCAGGACAGGGUCGGUGGCGGCGUUCUUUCAGCAGCAUAAUCGGCGUGCUGAAUGA